GCUUCCUCCCGCGCAGAAAGUGACUUCCGCUAGUCUUUCCGUGCGGCGCUUUCAGUCUGUCGGAGCUCGGCUGUUCUCAACCCGCGGCGGGGCCGGCGCACCGCAGCCAUGACAGAGGCUGAUGUGAACCCGAAGGCCUAUCCCCUCGCAGAUGCCCAUCUCACCAAGAAGCUGCUGGACCUUGUUCAGCAGUCAUGCAACUACAAGCAGCUUCGGAAAGGAGCCAAUGAAGCCACCAAAACCCUCAACAGAGGCAUCUCUGAGUUCAUCGUGAUGGCAGCAGACGCUGAGCCCUUGGAGAUCAUCCUGCACCUCCCACUGCUGUGUGAAGACAAGAAUGUCCCCUAUGUAUUUGUGCGCUCCAAGCAGGCCCUAGGACGGGCCUGUGGGGUCUCCAGACCCGUCAUCGCCUGUUCUGUUACCAUCAAAGAAGGCUCCCAGCUAAAGCAGCAGAUCCAAUCCAUCCAGCAGUCUAUUGAAAGGCUCCUGGUGUAGCCUGUGGCUCUGCCCUUCCUGUCUGCUCCCACCCUACUCUGUAUCAUACCGUCUGUUAGCAUGUAGUGUUUUCGGCCAGUUUCUAUUAUAAAUAUUGUACUACA